AUGCCUGCUCUCUUCUCUUCCAGACUAUCAUUUUACUCUGGCCAUUCUUCGUUCUCCAUGUACUGCAUGCUCUUCCUAGCACUUUACCUUCAGGCCAGAAUGAAAGGAGACUGGGCGAGGCUUUUACGUCCCACCAUACAAUUUGGUCUUAUUGCUGCAUCCAUCUUUGUGGGUCUGUCACGUGUAUCUGAUUACAAGCAUCACUGGAGUGAUGUUUUAACAGGACUCAUUCAGGGAGCCGUGGUAGCUGUGCUCAUUGUUGUAUACGUGUCUGACUUCUUCAAAGUGAGAGGAUGUACAUUUCAACCGAAGGAAGAUUCCCAUACAACCCUACAUGAGACUCCAACAAACGGAAAUCACUUUGGCAGCAAUCAUCAGCCAUGAAGCAUGACCCACCUGUCUUGCUCUUUGAAAGGAAAACAAUUUCACAAGUCUAACUAUGUAAUAAAAGUAAAUGCCUUUAAGGAACUGCUGCUGCUCUUGAAUGCUCACUUUACCUGUAUAUAGUAACAUCUACCACAGUUACAAUAACCACAGUUAUUGUAUAUCUAAACUUCAAAUUUCUGUUGGUGCAAGCCCUUGCUUAAAAGAAAAAAGCUAUUCAAAUUGUAAAUUUUUAUUGAAAACAUGGUAACAGUUAUAUUACAUAUACUGUUUGUACAUGCCUUAUUAAAAUAACUGUGGUUAAAAUACGCUCCAUUAAAA